CCUUGAAUCUCUGUUACACAGAGUGGAGCCUUUCAAGCUGGCAUGGAGAGCUUAAGGAGCGACUGAGGGAGACUGACGCUGGCCACCUGCAGAGUCCUGGUUACUUCAGUGCUGCUAAGAUAUUCUCUCAUUCCACUCACACCGAAGGAAGCUGCCUUGGGAUCGGAGCAGACAUAAAGCUAGACAAAUUUCAAGACAGAAACAGUCUCCGCCAGUCAAGAAACCCUCAAAAGUAUUUUGCCAUGGAUAUAGAAGAUGAAGAAAACAUGAGUUCCAGCAGCACUGAUGUUAAGGAAAACCGCAAUCUGGACAACGUGUCCCCCAAAGAUGGUGGCGUGCCUGGGACUGGCGAGGGCUCUCAGCUCUCCAAUGGGGGUGGUGGUGGCCCCAGCAGAAAGCGGCCCCUGGAGGAGGGCAGCAAUGGCCACUCCAAAUACCGCCUGAAGAGAAGGAGGAAAACACCAGGGCCCGUCCUGCCCAAGAACGCCCUGAUGCAGCUGAAUGAGAUCAAGCCUGGCUUGCAAUACAUGCUCCUGUCCCAGACGGGGCCCGUGCACGCGCCUUUGUUUGUCAUGUCUGUGGAAGUGAAUGGCCAGGUUUUUGAGGGCUCUGGUCCCACAAAGAAAAAGGCAAAACUCCAUGCUGCUGAGAAGGCUUUGAGGUCUUUCGUUCAAUUUCCUAAUGCCUCUGAGGCCCACCUGGCCAUGGGAAGGACCCUGUCUGUCAACACGGACUUUACAUCUGACCAGGCCGACUUCCCUGACACGCUCUUCAAUGGUUUUGAAACUCCUGACAAGGUGGAGCCUCCCUUUUACGUGGGCUCCAACGGGGAUGACUCCUUCAGUUCCAGCGGGGACCUCAGCUUGUCAGCCUCCCCUGUGCCUGCCAGCCUUGCCCAGCCUCCUCUUCCUGUCCCACCACCGUUCCCACCCCCAAGUGGGAAGAAUCCCGUGAUGAUCUUGAAUGAACUUCGUCCAGGGCUCAAGUAUGACUUCCUCUCCGAGAGUGGGGAGAGCCAUGCCAAGAGCUUCGUCAUGUCUGUGGUCGUGGAUGGUCAGUUCUUUGAAGGCUCGGGGAGAAACAAGAAGCUUGCCAAGGCCCGGGCUGCACAGUCUGCCCUGGCAACCAUUUUUAACUUGCGUUUGGAUCAGACGCCGUCUCGCCAGCCUAUUCCCAGUGAGGGUCUUCAGUUGCAUUUACCGCAGGUUUUAGCUGAUGCUGUCUCACGCCUGGUCCUGGGUAAGUUCGGUGACCUGACAGACAACUUCUCCUCCCCUCACGCUCGCAGAAAAGUGCUGGCUGGAGUUGUCAUGACAACAGGUACAGAUGUUAAAGAUGCCAAGGUGAUAAGUGUUUCUACAGGAACAAAAUGUAUUAAUGGUGAAUACAUGAGUGAUCGUGGCCUUGCGUUAAAUGACUGCCAUGCAGAAAUAAUAUCUCGGAGGUCCUUGCUCAGAUUUCUCUAUACACAACUUGAGCUUUACUUAAAUAACAAAGAUGAUCAAAAAAGAUCCAUCUUUCAGAAAUCAGAGCGAGGAGGGUUUAGGCUGAAGGAUAAUGUCCAGUUUCAUCUAUACAUCAGCACUUCUCCCUGUGGAGAUGCCAGAAUCUUCUCACCACAUGAACCAAUCCUGGAAGGGUCUCGCUCUGUCACUCAGGCUGGAGUGCAGUGGUGCAGUCAUGGCUCACUGCAGCCUCGACCUCCUGGGCUCUUAAGAGAUCCUCUCACCUCAACUUUCCCAAGGAAGGCAGCUGGGACUACAGAACCAGCAGAUAGACACCCAAAUCGUAAAGCAAGAGGACAGCUACGGACCAAAAUAGAGUCUGGCGAGGGGACGAUUCCAGUGCGCUCCAAUGCGAGCAUCCAAACGUGGGACGGGGUGCUGCAAGGGGAACGGCUGCUCACCAUGUCCUGCAGUGACAAAAUUGCGCGCUGGAACGUGGUGGGCAUCCAGGGAUCCCUGCUCAGCAUUUUCGUGGAGCCCAUUUACUUCUCGAGCAUCAUCCUGGGCAGCCUCUAUCACGGGGACCACCUUUCCAGGGCCAUGUACCAGCGGAUCUCCAACAUAGAGGACCUGCCACCUCUCUACACCCUCAACAAGCCUUUGCUAAGUGGCAUCAGCAAUGCAGAAGCACGGCAGCCAGGGAAGGCCCCCAACUUCAGCGUGAACUGGACGGUAGGCGACUCCGCUAUUGAGGUCAUCAACGCCACGACAGGGAAGGAUGAGCUGGGCCGCGCGUCCCGCCUGUGUAAGCACGCGUUGUACUGUCGCUGGAUGCGUGUGCACGGCAAGGUUCCCUCCCACUUACUACGCUCCAAGAUUACCAAGCCCAACAUGUACCAUGAGUCCAAGCUGGCGGCAAAGGAGUACCAGGCUGCCAAGGCACGUCUGUUCACCGCCUUCAUCAAGGCGGGGCUGGGGGCCUGGGUGGAGAAGCCCACUGAGCAGGACCAGUUCUCACUCACGCCCUGACCUGGGCAGACGUGAUGUGGGGUGCAGGGGGCUGUGGGCAUCCAGCGUCGUCCUCCAGAACCUCACAUCUGAACUGGGGGCAGGUGCAUACCUUGGGGAGGGAGUAGGGGACACAGGACCACCAGGUGUCCACUGUUGUCCCCAGCAUCUCACAUCAGACCCGGGGCAGUACACAGUGUGGGGAGGGGACAGGGGUGUGUUGGGGCCCGGUCUCGCCACCUGGCAUCUCUCUGCCACAGUAUUUCCCCUUCUGAACCGUCCAGUGACUGCUUUCAAUCUCAGUUUACGUUUAGAAAUUGAGUUCUACUGAGUAGGGCUUCCUUAAGUUUAGGAAAAUAGAAAUUACUUUGUGUGAAAUUCUUGAAUAAAUAAUUUAUUCAGAGCUAGGAAUGUGGUUUAUAAAAUAAGAAGUAAUUAUGUCAGGUCACUUUUAGGCCACAUUAUUUUAACUGCAAAAAAGCAUCUAUAUAUGGAGGAGGGUGGGAAAUAGAGGUAGGAAGUAGUAACCUAAAGGAAAUUGCCACACGUCUGUCUAAACUUAGGUCUCUUUUCUCCAUAGGUACCUCCGUGGCUAGUUUCACACACUAGGUUUUAACAGUCUCUCCCCGAGGAGCAGACUCCCAGCAUGAUGUAGCGUGGCCCUGUCACGCACAUGGGGUCCCACAGUGGUGACUGUGUGUCCUGCAGAGUCAUGACCCAGGACCCUGUAGCCCUCAGCCUCCUCUAGAAGCUUCUGUACUCGUUGUAGGAUCAGAUCAUGGAAAACUUUUCGCAUUUUAUUCUAAGUAAUCACAGAUAAAACGUGGCCAGUAACCCAGGCUGGCCAUUAAUUCAGGUUUUUUAAACGAUAUUUAACUUUUAUGGACUAGAAGGAAUCAGGAGGGCUGCUGCACAAUACACGGCCUAAGUUCCCUCUUCCUUACUCCGAGUCGAAUGGAUGUGAGUGACUGCCCAAAGACCUUCACAGGAUGGAAGGAGAAGUAUUUCAGUAGAUAUUCAUUCCUGGAAAAUGCCGUAGAGGGCAUGUUUUAAAAUUAUUGUUUCCAGCUUUAUCAAAGACAUGUUUGAAAAAUAAAAAGCAUCCAGGUGAGAGCUGGUGAGACCAGGUGCUGCUGGCAUAGUGUAGACCAAAUGCUGACGGUCCCUACAGGGGUGCUCAGGGCUGCCUAGCACCCACAGUGCACAGGACGGCCCCGCGGUAGAGGGAGCCAGCCCAGGAGGUCAGGAGUGCGGCGGGCAAGGGCCCUGUGUAGACCACCUCCACCCAGCUCAGAGAUUUGCACCAGUUGCCUUGUUGCCUCCGCUCAGGAUGAAAGAGGAGCCAAGAGAAAUGCUCUGCCCACCAGUGCAGUGCCCAGCUCUAAGGCACUGGAGGGUGCUCAGGUGGGUCUCCUGGGGCCAUGGGCAAAGAUUGGUGCAGACUCCACCCUACAGCAUACAUUUGCCACAGCGAAGUCCAGGGUGAUGACGCCUGUGUGUCCAUGAUGGGCCUAGGAAACCAGAACAGGGGCAGAGGGGCAUCCUCCUCCCCCUAGGCCCGGGGAGCUCAGACCUGAGAAGGGAAGCGCCACGGCUUUGGUGGGAUGUGCGCCUCCCGAUGUCAGGAGCCCUGUCUGCGUGUGUCCACACAGAUCUCAUCCCAGCAUGGCAGGAAGGGGUGCUGCUUAGCUCGUUGUUGAGGACACGACCAGGUUCAGAGGCACGAACUUCUGCCCCACACCAGCCUUCUCCUCUACCGAAGAGGGUAGUUGUCUCCCUGAACCAGUCAGAGUGGGCAUUGCAGGCCCCUCCACAACAGUGGGGUACUGUUUAGGCAGAUUGUGUGGGGGUUUCUAUACCUGCAGAAGGAAAGGGGUCUUCGCUGGCCUUCCCCCAAGCAGGCUCUUGCACAUUCUAGGUAAAACACCAUGUAAGUCUAUGUGUUUUUAUUCUUGUCUUGAUAAAUUGUACUUUUUUCUAAUGGGGAUUGGGAGAUGGACUUAGUUUUUAAAAAUAUGUGGAUUUUGGUUACAAAGUUUACUGUUAAUAUAUUCCAUUUACAUACAAAACUACCCAGUAUGUCUGGCUUUUUCCUUCUGUCAGGAAAUAGCUAAAAUGAGCAUGAUUGCUUCCUGUACCACCCCAAAUAAGUGAGGGCCUCACCUUGUGGGGCCUGAGCAGGUGCCUUGAGACCCUAAGGUGCACCUUUCCUGGGUGGACAGGCAGGCACAGGAUGUCCCACCCCAAGCCUUCCAGGCAGGAGGAAGGUAGCCAAGGCAACUGGGUUCAGGGAGGCCUGGGCAGGGCAGCUGCGGGGAGGAAGCUGAUGUGCAGGAGCCACUCUCCUGGCCAGGGGACCAGAGGCUGUGCAGUGCUCCUAGGACUGCACAUCUGUAGUCAGAAAAAAAAAAAUACAGAAUGCUGGCUCCUCCCUGAGACAGAUGAGGAAACUUAGCACUUUAAUUUCCCUUCAGAGCACUCAUUGUGCAUUAGACUCUAGCUGUUCCAUUGAGGUGUCAUUUUGCAUCCCAUGUCCUUGAUGUGGGCUUUAGAGACUUAGAAGGAAAUUUGGUACAAGCAGGAACUUGAUUUUUUUAAGAAAAGUCUUACAUUUUGAGGACAUUUUGACAAGUAGGGAAAGAGGGGGCUUCUGUUUUGUUUUGUUAGCUAAACCUGAAGUAUUAAUUACACAAACACACUGUCCCUCGGGACCACUCAGGUACAGCUCUGCCAGGGACAGAGUCUUGCUGUUGGGAGGUCAGUGCUGCAAAAGUCUCAGGUGGGUGGUGUGUUCUGUGCCAUGAGGAGUGAAAGGUCGAGAUGGAUGUCACCACCCUCCUCCGCACUCAUCACCCGGUCAUACGCCAGGCCCAUCUCUUCCCAGCAAGGGAUGCCAAAGAACUGCAGUUCUGAUUCUGCGUCUUCAUUUAACUUUUCAUCAUCUUUUCCUGUUUUGGAGGAUUUUGUGUAAUCAGAAGCAAUUACUUUAAAAUGUACUGGCCACUGUCUCACAAGGCAUGGAUAUCUAUGGAUUUUUUUUUCAAAUAACUAUAUUUAUUUCCAGGCUGUGGAACCGCUGCUUUCUUCGUGAAAACAGUGUCUCUCCCUGUAAUCUCACACAAAUACACUGAGGAGCGGACAGCUCCAUCUUCACAUUGUGCGCAGAUCUGAGGAUGGGAUUAGCAGCACACCUGGAUCUGCCCAUGUCUCAGAGCAUGGCAGUGGCUCUUUUUCCUUCUAAAAUACUUUACCCCAGAAGCAGGUCAUCUGCCCCAGGCAUAACUUUAUCCAGAAAAAGAAGGAAAAUUGGCCAUCUUUCCCACCUCUAGAUUCUGUGAAAUUACACACUCGCUCAAAAGAUUCCUUCUUAUCAACCCCACGCUGUGUAAGUGGAAAGGGCGGAGUGUUUGUGUACCGUGUGUGUCCAGUUUACAGCGUCCCUGCCCCUUAACAUGUUGUGUGACAAUCUCCCUGGGUGAGGAGUGGGUGUACCCAGGCCCAAGGCCGGUGGGUCACUCAGUGCCUUCCAUGUGAGUUCUGGUGUUCACUUGAUGCCGGGGAAUAGAAUUAGAGAAGCCUCUGACCCGCCGGGUGCCAGGGACCGGUGGAGGUGGCUGGCAGGUCUGACUUGACCAUAACCUUUAGUUGUAAGGGUGUGUUGGCUUUUUCAGUCUCUUGUGAAAAGUCUCCUGUCUCUGGCAGCACCGUCUGCACUUUCUUGUUUACUGUUUGAAGGGAGAAGUACCAAGCCCCAAGAACACUUACUUUGGCCACAGCAUAAGCUGAUGGUGUGUGAGGAACUGAUGGGCCAUUAAACAUGAAUGGAGCCGUGAAAAGCACAGUCUAUGGACGUUCAUGGAGUAAGCCCCUAAAGCUGUUUGCUUUUUCAGGCUUUAGGUUACAUGCUUUUAAUUUGAUUUUAGAAUCUGGACACUUUCUAUGAAUGUAAUUCGGCCAAGAAACUUGUUGCUAAGAUGCAAUCCUCAGUGUUCUCUGUAUGUAUAUUUGUGUAUACACCACACAUUACAACUGCAUGAGCUUCCUCUCGCACUGAGACCAGCCGGAACUGAGCAUGAGACGCUGUCAAAUACAGACAAAGGAUUUGAGUCAAUAAAAAAGAAAAUGUUUCACUA